UGCGCGUGUGCGCCGAGCGGCCGACUGGACGAUCUUUGGGACAGCAACCAUUGUUACCGUCAGUUGAUGGUGUGUUUCUUGCAAUGUGGCAGGUACCAUGAGUUCGAGUCCUUUGGAUCUGCAAGGAGAGUUACAGCGGCCUGUGCAACAGACAGUAUGUGGAGCAGUACUGCGGGAUUCAAACUGGAAAUGCCUCAUCCUCACGCUGCUCAUAUAUGGCUGUCUUGGUGCUAUCACCUGGUGUCGGCUCACUGAGGUCAGCAAGGUCAGCACAGUGCAUCCGUCCCUAUGUUCGUCAGUCUGUCCGCCAGUGAUCAUCAACUUCUCGGGCUACCCCAUUACCAGCAAGGUGCAGAUGUCACCAUGUGACAAGGGCUAUGUGUACAUCCCAGUAGCAUUCAUGCUUAUGCUGUAUCUGGUGUACUUGGUGGAGUGCUGGCACUGCACUGCACGCGAGGAGCUCAGCAACAAGGUGCACAUUACGAGCGUCAUGGAGACAAUAAGGCUCAUGCGGGAGGCCCAGCCCAUUGUCUGGUGGAAAGCGCUCUGCUACCACUAUGUGCGCCGCAAACGACAGGUCGUGCAUACGCAGAGAGGAAGUGAAUCGUACACAACCACACAGGUGUAUUAUGAACGUGUGAACUCACAUGCUGCAGGCACCUGUUUCCUGUUUGCUUACUGUGGUAUGCGAGACAUCUCACACGACCUGUCAUUGGAGGGUGGACCCAUCACUAAAAUACGCUUCAGUAAGGGGUUUGCUUUUGCCAAUGUGGAGGCUGCUGCUGAAUUUGAAGACCAGCGAGCACACUUCUUUGCAGAACAUGAGCGAUAUGACGACUACAUGGAAAUGAGAGAGGGACUGGACCUCAUGGGAGUCUCAAAUUUCAAGGAGCAUGUUGUGGCAUAUGCAAACUUGCCAUGGUACUCAAACCAUGUGGUAUUUUGGAUCUGCAGUUUCCUGUUGCUUUCAUGGCCAAUCAGAAUCAUCUUGGAAUAUAACACUGCAUAUGUUCAUUAUCAGGUAACGAAGCUGUUUGGGGUAAACUAUGCAACACCCAGCAGCACAGUCGUGCAGUUGUCCAAUGGAAGUACAAUGGACAGUUCAGAGUGGAGCCAGGCACUUGUGCCCAGCUAUUCAGAGGCUGUACUGAUGGAUGCAGUUUCAAACAACAAUAAUACAGUGGUGGCAAGUGCCUCGCAACUUCUGUUCUAUCCUGGACCACUUGCAGACCAUGUGCCAGCUGAUCCCUUCCCACCACCAGAGUAUGAGGAGGCACUGAGGCUACCUGCUCUCACUCGCCUGAAGCGGUCACUCACAGAUCGUGGUGAAGACAUGUUUCGACGCAGCAGGGAGAGGCGAUGCUCCAGUGGUGUAGUGGUGCGUGUCAACAUGGAGACAAGCUUGUAGUGGCUUGUAUAGCUCAAAAUAAUCAUGGCAAGUGAAAUUGCUUUCUGUUUCUAUUUUACAACUGAAUUAUCACAUUUUCUAAACAGUGACAUAUCAAUUUGCUUUUCACAGCAUGAGGGCUUAACACAACUAGAACUGCGACAAUCAGUGGCUUUCUGUAUUAGCUUCUCUCAUAUCUCACAAGAAAAACAUAUGGGGAUUGCCCCUCCUACCUUGUAUGAACAAAGUAUAAUACAAAAUGUCUGUUCAUCUCCAUGACUCAACUCCAAAACCUUAUGACAUACGAAACUUGGUAUAGAUCAUAAUUAAAUUGUCAGGUAACUUGUGGUUCAUUGGAGUUUCUAUUCUUUCUGAACUCAAAUUAAUUUUUUCAUAAAUUUAAUGAAAUAUAAUACCAAAAUAGAAUAUCUUAAAUAAAGAAUACAUCAUGUUGAGUGUAGCAUAGAGAAGACAGAGGACAUACUUUGUAAUCUUUAAUGUGAAAUACCUUUCCUCUUCCGGGAGACGCAUAUUCCUCAUUUUACAAAAUUUACCUUACUUCUAAAAUAUAAGAACUUACACCUCUCAUUUAUUUUUUCUGUUCUUUCUUUGUUUAUCAAUAUAACCACAUUUUGUUAUAUAAAGCUUAAUGUCAUUAUAUGAAGUCUUCCUGGUA